AAAAUCACAUUGAAACUUUUUUUUCUUGAGUGUGCACAUCUCCCGAUGUAUUGUAAAACAACGAGGAAGAUCACUUUACUUGAAUAUUUUCCGAAGUUUUUAACUGGGUUUUGUACCUUGAUGCAGCUUCGACAAAGAUAAACCACUGUCGGAAUCCCGCCAAGAUCCCAAAAUCAGAGAUGUAGUCUCUGUCCAAGUCUGCUCGCAGACAUCCAAGGCUCACCAUGCUGUUUUUCCUGCUGCUGGUGUUACAAACCAGUGCCAAUGCUCAGAUAGAUCCAGACUUAUAUUCCCCCAAAUCUCUCUCAACCUUCUCACAUUGCAGAUACCCUCUUGGGAUGGAGGAUGGCCGGAUCAAAGAUGAUGACAUCACUGCCUCCAGCCAAUGGUAUGAUACCACUGGACCCCGUUAUGCAAGGUUGAACAGGGAGGAGGGGGAUGGGGCAUGGUGCCCGGCGGGUCCCCUGGAGCCCACAGAUGUUCAGUACUUGCAGCUGGACCUGCGCCAGCUGACAUUCCUCACAGUCGUUGGCACCCAGGGCCGCUAUGCCCGCAGCUCUGGUAACGAAUUUGCCCGCUUGUACCGCUUAGACUACAGCCGCGACGGUCAUCACUGGAUUUCCUGGAAAAACCGCCUUGGUGACAAGGUGAUCAACGGCAAUAACAACGCCUACACAUCCGUGAUUAAAGAUCUUCACCCGCCCAUUAUCGCACGUUACAUCCGGGUCAUCCCUGUCACCAUCGUGUCAACCACCGUGUGUAUGAGAGUGGAACUUUACGGAUGCCCUUGGACUGAUGGUUUGACAGCAUACAGUGCUCCGGAGGGUCAGGUGAUGAUGGCCCCAGGAUAUUCCGUUGCCACGCUCAAUGACUCCACUUACGAUGGCAUCUUCGAACGCAGAAAACUGAGUGGAGGCCUGGGCCAGUUGACCGAUGGCGUGAUCGGGCAAGACGACUUCCUGGCCACCCGUCAGUACAGCGUGUGGAACGGAUACGACUAUGUGGGCUGGAAGAACGACAGCCUGGGCCCUGGAUACGUGGAGAUGGCAUUUGAGUUCGACAGGCAGAGGAACUUCACCUCCAUGAAGGUACAUAGCAACAACAUGUUCUCUCGGGGGGUGAAAAUCUUCUCCUCCGUGGAGUGCUGGUUUAAGUCACGGCUCAUUGCCGCUCAUUGGGAGCCGGAACCAGAGGAGUUCCGCACCGUCCUGGAUGACCGGAACCCCAGUGCCCGCUACGUAACUGUGCCCCUGGGCCGGCGCAUGGGCAGAGCUAUCCGCUGCCGAUUCCACUUUGCUGACACGUGGAUGAUGUUCAGCGAGAUCUCCUUCCAGUCUGCCCAGAAUGUGAUCCCUACCCAGACCACAACUGUUACAACACCAUCUUGGCCCAAGAAUCCCAACUCUUUGCCUACCACACUGAAAACUGUGACGACCCCGUGGCAGAAGACGAACGCGCCUGAGGAAAGCAACACCUCCAUUCUCAUCGGUUGCUUAGUGACCAUCAUCCUCCUGCUGGUGGUGAUCAUUUUCUUGAUCCUCUGGUGUCAGUACGUGUGCAAGGUGUUGGAGAAGGCUCCACGACGCAUUCUGGAGGAGGAGGUGACAGUCCGGCUCUCCUCCAGCAGUGACACCAUCAUCCUGCAGACACCCCCGGUGCCCCCGCGCGCCUCCCAACCUGACCCCCCCUACGAGAGGGUCUUCCUGCUGGACCCACAGUACCAGGACCCGGCGGCGCUGAGGAACAAACUCCCGGAGGUGUCACAGAGCGCUGAGGCCUCGGGCUUUGGAGGUGGCUACGCAGAGCCUGACGUGACCCAGUGCACUCCUCACCAGUGCUUCCAGAGCAGCGUGCCCCACUAUGCAGAGACGGACAUCGUCAGCCUGCAGGGAGUGACCGGCAGUAACAUGUACGCCGUCCCUGCCCUGACCGUCGACUCGCUCACGCGCAAGGAUAUCUCUGUGGCCGAGUUCCCACGGGACCAACUGAUCUUUCGCGAGAAGCUGGGAGAGGGACAGUUUGGGGAGGUCCACCUGUGUGAAGCGGAGGGGCUGUUGGAGUUUUUGGGAGAGGGUGCCCCCCUGCCGGAGAUGGACGACAGGCCAGUGUUGGUGGCCGUAAAGCAGUUGAGACCGGACGCCACCAGUACUGCCAGGAAUGACUUCCUGAAGGAGAUUAAGAUCAUGUCCCGACUCAACGACCCCAACAUUAUCCAGCUGCUGUGUGUGUGUGUGAGCUCGGACCCGCUCUGCAUGGUCACCGAGUACAUGGAGAACGGCGACCUCAACAUGUUCCUCUCCCAGAGGGAGAUGGAGAGCACGCUCACCCACGCCAACAACAUACCCUCUGUCAGCACGUCGGACCUCUUGCACCUGUCAGUGCAGAUUGCCUCUGGCAUGAAGUACCUGGCCUCUCUCAACUUUGUGCAUCGGGACCUUGCCACUCGCAACUGUCUCCUGGAUCGCCGACUCACCAUCAAAAUUGCCGACUUUGGCAUGAGCCGCAAUCUCUACAGUAGUGACUACUACCGCAUCCAAGGACGGGCUGUCCUGCCUAUCCGCUGGAUGGCUUGGGAAAGUAUUCUACUGGGGAAGUUCACCACUGCCAGUGAUGUGUGGGCGUUCGGUGUCACGCUCUGGGAGAUUUUCACCUUGUGCAAGGAGCAGCCGUACAGCCUUCUGUCUGAUGAACAGGUCAUCGAAAACACUGGGGAGUUCUUCAGGAACCAGGGGAGACAGAUAUUUCUCUCUGCCCCGCCACUCUGUCCGGCCUCUCUGUUUGAGUUGAUGAUGCAUUGCUGGAGCCGAGAUAUCGGUGACCGGCCGUCAUUCAACUGCAUCUAUCAAGCCUUGCGGCCACAUGCUAACCCGUGACUAUUCACCAGAACCCACCGUCUCCGGUGAAGGAUCCUCUGGACUCCCGAAGGCAAGGGGGAGGAUCAGGAGACGGUCCAGCAAUGAUGUAGCUUCAGCAGCGCAAGAGGACAUCUGUGGGAUGUGGGUGUGUGGACCCGAGUGACGUCCAGCAUUUUUUAAACAACAAGGAGGGGGGAGAAAAAAAGCGAACUUGACGUCAACUCGCUGUGGUAUCUGCGUUGCGUUGUUGAUGCUUAAAUCCAAGGACACUUGAUUAAUGUUUAUUUUGUCUGUCUCUGUAAUAUGUUUUCUAUAAAUUGUACCUUUUCACAUCCAAGUGUUACAACUGAAUCAUUUCAGUUGAUACCAAAGGAGAGGGGAGGAAAGAAAUGGAGAGGGGAAAAAGAAGACUGAAUGCUAGAUGGAACAGAGAACCAACAGCUGGAGGGCCUGUGGUUGUAAAAUGUAAAGCACUGCUGUGAUUUUGUUUCUUUCCUUUUGCCCAUGUUCCUUACCUACCCCCACACUGGAGUAUGACUUAAUAAUCUUUCUAUGUUUUAUAGUAUGUUUUUUUUUUAUUCUCUGAAUAUGAAUGUUAUGCAGGUUAAUUUGGAUGAGGCUAGGCUGGCAAUCUAUGCUCCUAGCUCCAGCAGAACUACUGUCAUUGCAGAGUGAAAGCCCUAACGGAGAAUAGGGUUGUAGAGCCACAAUGGACUGAUGUGCAAUGGAAUGCACUGUC